CCUUCCCCGCUGGCUGGCUGGCGGUUUCCCUUCUGCUGCCCUGUCCCCGCUGCCAUCCGUGCCUCCUGCCUUUUGUCCCAGGGGGGCGACGUGGGGGUGGUCCUUCCACCACCCUGCUGCCUCCACCGCCCCUCGCUGAGCGUCCCCCCCGCCGUAGUACCCGCUUUUAAACUGCAAGCCCCACGGGGCAGGGGCCUGUUUGUCCUCCUGCGCUAUGCCAAGCGCUGACGGGUCGUUUCCCCCUCUGCCUAGAAGAUCUCCGCCGGCAACGGAGAUCCCUCCCUCCUGUCCCACAGGCCUUCUUCCCUGCAGGAGUCCCCCCACCCCGUCUGCUGCCUGCCUUGGCCUGCCUGUUGCCCCCCCCCCGCCCUGCGCCCCACUGACACACCUUCCUCCUCCGCCCCCUUCCUCCUCCCAGGCCAGGGGCUGGCUGGUCGGCACGGCCAGCGCCUGCUGCGCCUCCUGCCAUCCGCGGCUGGCAGCAGAGGCGGGACCAGCGCGGCCGGCGGGGGGCGGGCGGGCGCGGAGCAGCAGCAGCAGCACAGCAGCCAGGCUGCCCUGCCCUGCCCUGCCCUGCCCUGGCCCGCGCCUGGUCGCGCUGCCCGCUCCGCCUGCCAGCCAGCCAGCCAGCAUGGCCCUCGUCGCGCCUGCCGCCGUCUCCUCCUCCUCCGAGGGGCCCCUCGUGCUCCUGGACGGCGCCUCGGAGGUGCCCUGGACCCAGUUUUUUACUACCCUCCACUGGAUUCAAGCUGUCAUGGCUGCUUUAAGCGUAAUAGGGUCCAGCUCGAUGAUCGGCUAUGCUGUCUUCCAGAAUACAGCCAGAUCCCCGGAGGUGCGGCCUCUCUUCUACCUGAGCCUCUCUGACCUAUUUUUAGGGAUGUCCUGGCUCACCGGAGCGCUUCUCUACCGCAAAGAGACCACCCAGCCAGCAAACCAGGACGUUGCCUGUUACAACGUGCAAGCUGCAGGAGAGAUCUUCUAUCUUGCUUCUUUCCUGUAUACCAUCAAUUACACCUGGCAUCUUUACACGGACCUGAAGGUGAAAUACUACCAGCACAUCUACAGCCAGUCACCUCAGACUUUAAGCUACACGAAUCACAUUGGCCGAAUAGCAAUUGUCCUGUCUAGUGUGAUCCCUGUCUGCUUAAUGAUGCCAGUGUUUAGUCUGGGCAACUGCUAUGGAUGUUACCGGAACUUCACCCUGGAACAUGGGUGCCUCCUGAUGCACACAGAAAUUGACAGUGUCAUCAGUCGUCAGGACCCUGCUUGCUCCAGGCUCUAUUUCUAUGGCAUUGGAGUCUUCCUCGUCGUCUUCCUGUCCAGCUUUGUGGCUAUCCUGGUCUUGCUUAUUCAAGCCAGAGCAUUGUACAAGAGGUUUGUGAGCGCCACUGGCUAUGUAGGUGAUCAGCAGUGGGCAAUGAUGAAGCUGGUGGAGCAAGGAGUGAUUCUGUACCCCGUGGCAUUCUUCUGUUGCUGGGGCCCAGCUUUUCUCCUUGGAAUAGUCAAACUGACCCCUUUGAAAAUAAAUACACUGUACAUGGCCCUUUGGGCUUUAGAGGCCCUGAUGGCAUCUUCCCAGGGUCUUCUGCACUGCGCUGUUUACGGCCGGACCCAGUACAUGUUCCGCUGCCUGAAACGCAAAGCUUGCCGAGACGUGGACACCCAAACGCCGCUGCUGCGCUCCCAGAAGAGGUUCUAUGCCAGCACUCUCCCGGCAGCCGCCACGUCCACCUCGACAGUGUUAUGAACGAGAGAACAUGUGGGGCCCGAUAUCUCCAGCCUGACAGCUGGGUCUGGGCCCGCUCUGCCCUGUCACCCUCGUGCGUUUUUCUGCUGCUUGUGAUGCAGUCCACCAAGGUGCCACACCACCUUGCGCAUGCGCAUCUAUGUAUGCAUGUGCGGUCGGGUCCAGAAACGCAGCAGUCAGAAGCUGACCGACACCCGGCGCUGACACAAGGACAAAGCCCAUGAGAUGGAGUUGGCCGUCUCCAGAAAGCUUGGCCACACUUUUUUUUUUUUUCCUGUGUGUUUUGGAGAAUACGGAGCAUAACCGCCCAGCAGAGGGAUCCUGAAACUGGAGGAAGAGGAUCUUUUACUGCUUGAAGAUGGGACUUAACUGGAGGGGGGAAGGAAGGGUUCAGUGCCCUCCAACCACUAGGAAAUGCUACCCAAUUGGGUGUCUCUUGGCUUUUGACCCAGUGCAUCACCCAAGGUUGAUCUUCUGCUUUGCUAAUAUAAGCAGGAUCUCAUAUUUUUCUCUUUAUUGCUGCUCUCCACCUCCCAUCAACCUGUGUGCGCUACUCAGUGCUGGAAACAGCUGGCUUGUCGGAUAGAAAAUAAAAGUGGGGGGAUGUCCAUGGGAGUUCUUUUGCAGCCUCAGGGGUGUGUUGCUCCGAGCACAGCCUAAUCAGAUUUAAUCUGGCUAAUACACCCUGCGUUUCGUCUUGUUGCAGACUACAGACUGUGGAGCGUCUACUGCCAUGUCCAGCUUCUUCUCUUCCCACAUACCCUGUGGUUUUACUUAGCGUCCUGCCUAAAGAGCGAUUCUGCAGAACCCCAAACCUCGCUCCCAGCUUAGUGCCAUUUUAGUUGGCCCUGCUCAAGGUAUUACCCGACUGGGGACGAUGGCCAACUUUUGAUAGCGAUGCUUCAUCAAAGGACCAGGGCAAGAACAAACUCUCUACUUGUUUAAUUGACAGUAAUUUAUUUGCCACUUUUUUUUUUUAAGUCUCCUUAUUCUUUAAUGCUUUUUGUAGGGAGGAUUUUUCCAGAAACUGUAUGGAAAUGGAUGCAACUGUGCUAAGAUGCAGGACAAUUUGAGCGGCGUGAGAAGAUGCUUCUCUUCUCACCUCCACGGCGAAAUAUUUUGGUCCUUUCCCAUAUGACAGUAAAGCAAAAACUGAACGUG